AUUCAAUCAGAAACAUAAAACAGCGUUUCCUAUAGCAAUGCCACAAAACAGAUCUGUGUACACGCAAAAGAAAUGAGAAAAGAAAUUGUCAAUAGAUUACCACUGCAGAAUCGAUCUGACGGAUAUUAAGGACAAACAUUCAGGAUGGCAAAGACAGGACGCGGGGAUAUAAAGAUCAAUGAGAGGUUUCUAACAUGUGGACUAUGUAAUCAAUGGUUUACUCAACCUAGAACCUUACCAUGUUUACAUUCCUACUGCGAAAGCUGUCUUUACAAAAACAUUAAUGACUACAUCGCCAAAGCCAGUGUUAAAAAGGGAGGACAAACAUCCAAUCCGACAGAGUAUAUAUGUCCCACGUGUAGUAAGGCUAUCGAUGUGUCCAAGUUCUCGUCACAGCCCGCCAAAAACUGGACGACGAAAUUUCCGCUAAACACAUUCCUCUUGGAUCUUCUCGACGUCGAACUUCUGAAAAGAGGCGAGAAAACGUGUGGUCCCUGCACGCGCAAUGGAGACAAGUCCGAAGUGGUUUCUUGGUGCAAGGAGUGUCGGGAUGGACUUUGCAAAAACUGUGCAAAAGUGCAUCAUGGGAUGCGUGUCUCAAUGGAACAUACUGUUCUUAGUAAGGAAGAGUUUAUGAAGCACAUUUCGUUGCUUCAAGAGCAGCAGGAAUUUUGUCAGAAACACCUUGGUAAGACUCUCGAUAUGUACUGCAUGACGGACAAAGAGCUGUGCUGCCCAAACUGUGUAGCUGAGGAACACAGGCGCUGUGACCGAGUAGUAUCCGUAAUGGACGCGGUAAAACAAAGUCGUCUUGAUAAAACACCGGAAUUCCUCAAGAAAAACCUGGACGAAUACAAUGAUCAUAUAGAGAAGAUCAUUGCUGCCAGAACCAACAAACUGAUGAGUCUUGACGAGCAGAAAUCGAAACUGAUAGAGGAGUUUGCCCAGAUUCGCAUUAAUGUCAUCAAUAUUUUGGACAAAUUGGAGAAAGCCAUUAAGAAAGAGUUGAGUGAUAUGCAUGCCGUGGAGACCAAGACAAUGGAGAGAGAGAUUCACAAAUCUAAGAAGAUUCAAACAGCGGUGACAAACGCACAUGAUUUGCUGUACGUCACCGAAAAUCAUGGUUCAGAUUCUAAACUGAUUAAAACUAUUGAAGAGGUGAAACGGGAAUGCCUCUGGUAUGAAGAGGAGAUGGGCAAAUUGCGAGGGAAAAUCCAAGAUUGUGAGUACGUUUUCGAAAUUGACGAUCAUAUUGAAACACUGCUGAAUAAAGUCAAGAAGUAUGGAGAAUUGCAUGCCCGUCAUUCGCCAUCCAAGCUGCAGCCAUUUCCCAACACUGUAACAAUUGAAAAAUCUAUAGAACAAGGAAAACAAUUCAAGUCCACUCUGUCACUCAAGGGACGAAACGCCGAACUCGUUAAAUCGUUUGACGCCAAAAUGGAGGACGACAUUAAAGAGUGUUGGUACACGGGAGCAGCCUUUCUCAGCGAUGGCAGGUUUGCGCUCGUAGAUCGCUCCAACCGGAAACUGAAGCUCUUCAGUAAGACGUACCGGUUGUUGAACAGCAUAUUCUUCACAACAAAACCCUGGGACGUGACUGUUGUUGGCGAAAACGAGAUUGCCGUGACACUUCCGGAGGAGCAUGGCAUACAGCUGCUGUCCAUCGGGGACUCCAUCAAGAUGUCCGACUAUUUUACAACUGAAGAGGCUUGUUUCGGAAUCAAGCAUGUUCGCGGAAAGUUCUUUGCACUUUGCUAUGACGGAAAACCUCCAGCAUUAAAGGUGAUUUCUUCAGACGGGCGUGAGCUUGCUGCCAUUGGCGUUGACGACGACGGGAGCCCAUUAUUUUCGCGGCCGAUCUAUGUGACGUCAAAUAACGCUGGUACCGUGAUUUACGUGUCGGACGAGCGCCGAGGGUGUAUAACAUGUUUGACGGAGACCUCUGAACAUUGCUACACCUAUUCCACCAUCGAUCUUAGUCACGUGGCAGGUAUCACGUUAGACCGUGAAGGUAAUCUCUACGUUUGUAGGAACCAUGCUAAAAGUGUGCAAGUGGUGUCUCCAGAGGGAGACCGAUUGAGAACCAUCAUAUCACGUGAAGAAGUGUCAUACCCACGCGCAGUAGCAUACGACGACAAAGAAGACCGUCUGCUGAUCACUCAAGGGGACAAAAGCGUCGUGAAAAUAUUUCAAUUUGAAUAGUCAACAAAACUCUUUAUACUUCCUCUGGUUAGAAAAUAGUCUAUCACCUCCGAAAAAUGUAAAUAAACAUUUCAACUUACCACUGGUUGAAUUACGCAAGUACUGACUUUAAAAUAGAUCAUCAAUAUACAUAUGUACUAGUAUGUAUUUUAUUCAAGGUAAAGUUGAAAAUCUAGCAGUUUUUGAAAUACAUGUACUGUAUUUUUAGGAUUUUUUAAAUGGGAUAGUAGUACAUGUAGACAGUUUAAUUGCAUAGGUUGUAAAUUAUUCUGUUACUGUACUUUGGCAACAGACUGCCUGCUAACAUCACACAGAUGAAUUUUAUGUUCUUUGUAAUUUGAAUGUUAAUUUGCAAACAUAAUAUGUAAGAUAAAUUUUAUAGGCAGUACUGAAUUCAACCAGGUGCAAAAAAAUAAUACUACAGUACAUGAAUGAAAAGUAUUCUGGUGAUCGAGUCAUAGAUAUAGCAAUGUACUGUGUAAACAUCUGUAAUAACACUGUUUGAUUGUUAGUAAUUUUCUAUCAAAUGCUUCAUAAACUUAUUUUUAAUUGUGAGUAGGUUACUUGCAUUGAAUGUUCUUCAGUUUUAAUUCAUAAAACAUAACUACAAUAAAAUGACAAUUUCAACAGCUUCA